AUGGGCUGGGGGAAAAGUGUUCCUGUGGAUAAGCUGGGGCAGGGGCUGUGGCUGGGGCCAGGGCUGGGGCUGAGGCCAGGGAAUAGGCUGGGACUGCUGGUUCUGCUGUGCUGCCUAGCCCUGUGUCCGGGGCCCGUCCAAGGGGACAAGGUCCUGGUGGUGCCUGUAGACGGGAGCCACUGGCUGAGCAUGAAGCUGCUGGUGAAGGAGCUGGCGGCCAGGGGCCAUGAGAUGGUGGUGCUAGUCCCUGAGACAUCCAUCCUCAUCAAGGGCUCUGACUACCACAGGACUGAGAUCUUCAGGGUCCCCUACAACAAGGAACAGCUGGACAAGAACAUCAACAAAAUUAAGGACGACAUGUUCCGCAAGACCCCGAAGGUAACGGACAUAUUUAUGAACGUGCAGGGCCUGAUUGACUUCACCAACAUGCAGGUGAAAGGCUGUGAGGGCCUGCUGUAUGACGAGCCCCUGAUGCAGCGCCUGAGAGGAGAAGGGUUCAAGAUGAUGCUGACUGACCCCUUCCUACCCUGUGGAUCCAUCAUCGCUGACUCCUUCAACAUCCCAGCGGUGUACUUCUUGAAGGGGAUCCCCUGUGGGAUGGAGGAUAGGGCUGCCCAGUGCCCCACUCCCCCAUCCUACGUACCACGCUUCUUCACCGGCAACACUGACCACAUGGACUUCCUAGGGAGGGUUAAGAACAUGCUCAUGUACAGUCUGGAGAGCUACCUGUGUACGGUAAUGUUUGCUAGCUUCGACGAGCUGACCAGUAGGUACCUGGAGAAAGACAUGACAUACAGGGAACUGCUGGGGCAUGGGGCGAUCUGGCUGCUGAGGUAUGACUACUCCUUUGAGUAUCCCAAACCCAGGAUGCCCAACAUGGUCAACAUUGGAGGCAUCAACUGUGGUAAAAGAGAUCCACUUCCACCGGUAAAUAAAAUAAAUAACUUAAACUGUGCAGAAACAUCAACUGUGCAGAGCUGUGCACCCUAUACGUUAUAUGGAUCCAGUUCCAGAAACCUUAAGGCACAUGUGUCAAACUAAUUCCACAAAGGGCCAAGGGUCUGCAGGUUUUCGCUCCACCCUUGUACUUGUACACAAAUUAGUAAGGAACUCCCCUCACCUGGUUGUCUUGGCGUUAAUUGAAAGGAAAAACCAAGAACCCGCAGACACUCGGCCCUCCGUGGAAUUAGUUUGAUACCGCUGCCUUAAGGGAUAGAUUCACUGCAGUGGCAGUUAUACCACAGCAGAGAUUCCUCUGGGAAAAAUUUAGCUAAAUUAUAACUUGUUUACAUUACAUUUCAAGCUAUCAAAUUAUUCUCUUACAUUCUAAUUUGGGACCAUAUCUCUUUUCAAGAUCGUUAUGUUUUGACAGACAGACUACUUUCUCCUCUGAAGCCCUAAUGUUGUAAAAGAGUCAGAAAGAUUCUGUUGGGUGUUUUAAAGGGACAGUCAGUCUGUCAGAGUGUUGGGUGUUGUCCUCUACCCCAGAUGUUGUGUUUCCCUGCCUCAGACACUCAGCUAGCGGCCAGCUGUAACCGGAUCUCUGUUUCCUCCAUAGGGACUGACUGGACACAGCUCUCCGUUUAUCUACCGACUAGCUCCUCCUCACGUUCUACAGCCCACAUUCCACUAGCUCUCAUUAAUGGGACUUGCAAAGCAAACGUCCCAUUCAAAAUCUUCGUCAUACUUCUUCUUCUUCUUCUUAUUAUUAUUAUUAUUUGGAAUGCUACUCUUCCUAAACCGUUUAAGCUAGAAAUGUAAUUCAAACUUUAAAACAUGCAGAUCGGUCUUUUAUACUAUCAAAAUAUAUUCUAUGGAUCUAACGAUACAGCUGUUUUAGUAACUGCAUUAACACAUUUUACCCCAUUUUCCAAACUACCGUUUUGACCCCUCCCCCAACAGACAAAAUAUCUACUACCAAUAAAAUGUUACAGCUGUUUGUCUGAGUUUAGAGUGACAAAAAGUAGCUAGCAAACGACAGCUAACAGUUUUCGCAUGUCUCAUCAACAGAGCCGUUGCUAUGGAUACUCACAGACGCAGAGGAGCACGUGGCAGCUUUGGCAAAAAUGAUGACAACCACAACUACUGACCACAACACACAACUAGUGACCACAACUACUGACCACAACAACACAACUACAGACCACAACUACUGAACCACACACUUACCAAAACUACUGACCACAUCUACUUACCACAACCACACAACUACUGACCACAACUACUGAACCACACAACUACUUACCACAACCACUGACCAAAACUACUGACAACACAACUACUGACCACAACCACACAACUACUGAACAGACAACUACUGACCACAACUACUGAACCACACAACUACUUAUCAAAACUACUGAUCACUACUACUGACCACAACCACACAACUACUGACCAUAACGACUGACCACACAACUACUGAACCACACAACUAAUGACCACAAACACUGAUCACAACCACAAAACUAGGGACCACUACUGACCACAACUACUAAACCACAACCACAAAACUACUGACCACAAGUACGGACCAUAACCACACAAAUACUGACCACAACUAUUGAACCACACACCUACUUACCAAAACUACUGACCACUAAUGACACAACUACUCACCACAACUACUGACCACAAUCACAAAACUAUUUAACACAAAUACUGAUCACAGCUACUGACCACAACCGCACAACUACUGACCACAACCACACAAUACUGAACACAACUACUGAACCACACACCUACUUACCAAAACUACUGACCACAACUACUGACCACAACCACACAACUACUGACCACAACUAUUGACCACACAAAUACUGAACCACACAACUAAUGACCACAACCACACAACUGCUGAUCACAACUACUGACCAAAACUACUGACCAUAACUACUGACGACAACCACACAACUACUGACCCCCACACAACUACUGCUCUGGUCUGCACUAGCUCUGGUCCAGCUCUGUUCCUGGGCAUAGCUACCUAGCUGUGGUUCGCACCAGCUCUGGUUUAGCAUAUAAUAUCCACCAGCAAUAAUUGUAACUCUUGAACCGUUCAAGCUAGAGAAACCAAACCAACUUUCGCAUAUUCAGGCUAUCCUAUCCUAUCAACCAACCAAUCAAUCAAUCAAUCCAUAUUUUCAUCUACCUACCUCUUCAAUUAUAACCAGUCACCACCAUUACUACUGCAGACACUACCACUACUAUAACAUAUUUCAAAAGCAUACAUACUUUAAAACAUGCUAGCAAACACACAUUUACAUUUUAGUCAUUUAGCAGACGCUCUGAUCGAGAGCGACUUACAGUUAGUGAGUGCAUACAAUUUUCAUACUGGCCCCCCGUGGGAAUCGAACCCACAACCCUGGCGUUUUCUUCAGGAAAUGUACUUUUCAGUGAUCACUGUUAGCCUAAAGAGUUUAUCUAUUAGAUAGAACUACAGCUAGCUAUCAGUAGGUCUACAUACAAACCUAUUCUACGUAGUUCUUCAACUACCAUAAAAAUACUUUUAAAGAGCUGUCAUCACUAGAUCCACCAUCAUAUUUCUAAUCAUUACAUCACCAUUAAACUAAAAUCAAACUUCAUUUACAUUGAACAUUUUACAAAAGUAAAUUGUGCAUCUAUUUAUCUGAAACCCACAGCAUGAAUGAUUCAGACUUUGCUUUCCUAAGACUGUUGGUCCACAUGAUCCUGCGUUUUAUUCCCAUCUUCUGAUGGAUCUCUUUGUCGUAUAUCUUUCUUCUUUUAGUUUUCACACGCAACAACUGUAGUUCAGACAUUUUUGUGAUCUAACUGCCCCACAAUCCAAAGUAAUAUGGUUGAUAUAGUAGUCUAUCAAAAUAACCAGACUAAUUAUUUUACUACAUUUAACUUUGAAAAUAUGUAAGUGCUUUGCUUUAAAUAGUAAAGUUACACUUUUUCAAGUUAUACCACUAUCACAAAAAUAUUUUUAAAGAGUUAAAGCAAGUCCCAUCAAUUGUACUUCAUGUACAAUUACCAUCUAGUUUGCCUUGCAAUCUGUCAAACCUGGUGUAACCUAGAGUUCAAGUUACUUUCCUGUCAAUUUUAAGUAUUGUGGGUACUGAUAACAGACGCCAGAGUGCUAUGGGAGUCAUGCCAAACAAGUAAUCCUGACAAUGUUUUAGGGAAUAUAAAACGCAAUGCACCAAUAGAAAUGCUCCAUAAUCGCACCCAUAACUCUCAAAUCGCACCCAUAACUUUUCAAAUGUUUCCUAACCACAUCCUUCAGCUUGGGGAAAGAAAAAGGACAAGGCAGAUAGAUGUGCAGGGAAAGUGUGGUUCCUCAUAUUUUGUAGAAAGAGAAGUAUUGCUCAAAAUUAACAUUAGGAGUGCCCCUCUCUGUACUACCCUCCAUUCUCUCGCUUCUCUAAAGACUGUUCAGUCAGCGAAACCUGAGCCAGGAACAGCAUUGAUGUGCCCCAAAUGGGCCCUGGUCAAAAGUAGUGCACUAUAUUAGGUAAUAGGGUGCCAUUUAAGACAUUACACAGUUCUUUCCUCCUGGACUGUGGCCCCUAUAAUCUAAUAGAGGAACUGAGGGGCCCUAUUGUGGUCUAGUUCCAACCCUACAAACCUCAAAAAGGGAAACUACUCUGCAGGGAUUGUUUUGUGUGGUUAGGGUUGGGGUUAUGGAUAGCUGUGAUUGUUAUAGGGUUUAUUAUGCCUUUAUUUCUAUGAAUACAGGGUGUUAUCAGAGCAUGGUCUCCUUUCACAACUUCACCUUCCCUCCUUCAGUCAAUGUUUUGCUAACCAGACCGAAGACUGUUCUAACACUCAAGUAUUGCUCAACAUUAACGUUGGGGGAAUGUCCCUCUCUGUACUACCCUCCAUUCUGUCUCUUCUCUAAACGCUGUGUUCAACCAGUGAAACCUGAGCCAGGAACAGCAUUGAUGUCCCCCAAAUGGUACCAUAUUCCCUAUACAGUGAUCUAUGGGCCCUGGUCAAAAAUAGUGCACUAUAUAGUUAAUAGGGUGUCAUUUAGGACACAACACUGUUUUUUCCUCGUGGACUGUGGUCACUAUAAUCUAACCAAGGACCUGAGGGUCCCUAUUGUGUUCUAGUUCCAACUACAGGUCUUCACAGGUCCAAAAAGUUGGACACAUUCUGAAAUGGACCUGAGGCUUUCCCACCCGGACCCAAUAUGCAUAAAUAAAUAAAUAAAAAUAUAGAUACCGAUAUGCAUAAGUAAAAUAAAAACAAUAUAAACACCUAUAUGCAUAAAUAAAAUAAAAAAUAUAUAGGACACCCAUUCCCAAAAGACCCGAGGACAACUAGACCCAUUCCAUAUAGACCUGUUCAGAUCCAGAGCCAUUCCAAUCCCAGUGAGGGAAGCAGCAGAAAAGUCAUUUUUUAAGCUACUUUAUUAACCGGAGCUGAUAACGCGCGAUAGGCUCAGUGUUGCCAACUUAGCGAUUUUGUCGAUAUUUAGCUAGUUUUUAGACCCCUCCAGCUAUUUUAAUUGAUAAAAGAUUCUAGCACAAAUUAAACUACUUUUCAGGCUGCCUUUGGGGAGUUUUGACACUGAGGGUUUCUAUGGUUUUGAUAGCAUUUAGCUACUUUUCCCACUCAAUUAGUCCGUAAAUGAGAGUGGGAGAAGCUGUCUGUGCAACAGACGUCACAGCAAUGGCACACAGACAGACAGAGAAGUACAAGAGGUGCUGUGCGGCAGGAGAGGGGGCGAAAAUGCUACGUCGGGGACCGCAGCAAGGCAAAUUGGUACUGUGACGUCAUCGCUGCAAUGGUAAAACAUCAUCUAGCGACAAAUCAAGGAACCAAUAGCAGAUCUCACUGAAAAAUAGCAACACUGGAGGGAGGGAGAUAGAGGUGCCGCUUGAACAGGCGGGAGAGGGGCCGUUCUGUGAGCGAGUGACACGGGUGAAGAAAGGAGGGAGAGACAAGAGACAGCACCAACCAAGCCGACUCGCGCUAUAGUAGACUAAGAGCCAAUUUAUGCUUGAUCUGAAACUGUGGUCGGAGGCGCCAUAUGGAUGGUGUGACGCAAUUGCGAAGCCUCCGGAGUCACGCAGAGGUCAAAUUGAGCUCUGUACCGCAUUGCCUUGCGCCUCUCAAAUUGUGUAAUAAUGUGGAGGGCUCCGUAUAACUCAUCAUUGACAUGAUUGGUUGACGGUAGGUGAGGGCGAGAGAUCCUGUAUAAACACAAACUCACUUCCUUGACAACAGCUCUGAGCUGAUCCGUGAAGUGCAAGAAGUAUGAAUACCAUAUCACCUCGAUCACACCGAUAGUGUUUUGCGCAAAAUGGAACGCAGUAUCAUCUGGAUGUGUGUGCAACAAAAGUUCAACAUCCAUAUGGCGCCGUCUACGCAUCCAGUUUGAGGCAUACGUUCGAUAAAUCCAACGUAUGCACCACAAAGAACACACUGCAAAUGCCUCUGCAACGCAAUGCUGCAAGGCAAACGCAGCUUUCCAUUGGAAAUUAAUGUACUUAUGGUGUACCAAAAUGCAAUAUUGCUGUCGGUGUGAUCAAGGCAUAAAUGCUGCACGGCCAAUGCAGACGUCAGAUUGACCAUGCAGCGCCUUUAACGUGCGUAUGUUGAUUUUGUCUAUCCCUACCAGACGUGUUCAUGACACGCAGGUUAAAAUACCAACACCAAUUGUGAACCAACUAUAUUAAUUUUGGAACAGGUCGAAACAUUCAUGAACAUUUAGCUAACUUGCUAUUGCUAACUAAUUUGUCCUAGGAGAUAAACAUUGUGUUGUUUACCUGAAAUGCAUAUGGGUUUUUUUUUGUGCUGGAUCUUUGGAGAAUUUUGACCCAUUUUGAGUUCUACAAAAGCACGUGUUCUCUACUAGAUGGGAGAGGCAGGACUUGCAGCACGUCAAGCGUCUAAAAUAGAACUACGUUCUAUUUUAGCGAUGAAAUGAUUGAAUUACAUGUAUGUGUACAUUUAUUGUUACAAAGCUUGCGCACGUGGCCGGUUUUGUCAGCAUGUAAUAGCUGCCAUAGCUAGGUUAUUUAUCAUCAAAUAUGAUUACAUAGUACCUGUCUUGACUGCAUCAAACCGGGAGAAGCUAGUUAAGCUAGCUAAUGUUAGCUAGCUAGGCUAAUUGAGGCUGCAGUGCAUGCGCUCUCAUCCUACAGUUAAAAAUAACAACAACUCCAUUCUGAAUUAAGUAGCAGCCUACCUGUUGGCUCUUGGUCAUUGUAGCCUAACCUUCUCCUUUAACUUUUAAUUCCAUCAUUCAUUGAUUAGAUAUCUCCUAACUUUUGCCACACACAUGACUUAUGACCAACAACAACAAGCUACACAUACCACGCUCGUGUAAAGCAAGAGUAGCAUCUCACUCACUGACUGACUGACUGUAAGUCACUCUGGAUAAGAGCGUCUGCUAGAUUACGAAAAUGUAAAUGAAAAAUGUUUUUGUUAACUAACCCUUCCCACCGUGCCUCAACAGGACCUGCAGGAGUUUGUGGAUGAGUCAGGAGAGGAUGGCUUCGUGGUCUUCACCCUGGGCUCUAUGGUCUCUCAGAUGCCGGAGGAGAAAGCCAAGCAGUUCUUUGAUGCCUUCAGCAGGAUCCCUCAGAGGGUAAGGACACUUCGAAUACGUCCCAAAUGGCACCCUAUUAGCUUGUCAAAAGUAACCCUUUCUGACCAACACAAUCUUUACAAUCUUCUGUAAAUAUCAACAACUGACAACAUAUUUUCUAAAUCUUAGAAUAUUAAUUCUCACUCACAGUUGAGAUGUCAGUGUUUGUAGUAGCACAGUACUAUGCAUGUUAAGCAUAUAGGCCUAAUCUCCAAUCCACCAUUAGUCUAAUCUAAACUAAGAACAAGUCCUUUGUCACCCGUGGUACUUAACUCAUAGGAAUACUGUAAUUACAUGGAGUUUCAGUGGCAUUUGCAUAUUCUCCAUAUACUAUGUCAAGGGUCAUGGCAAGCUGCUGCUCUAUGUUGUUCAGUUUGUGUGGAGCUACACUGGUGCUAUGCCUUAAACUCCAGACACAUUUAUAUCCCACUACAAACUGGUGUACCUUCAUCACUAUAUCCAGAACUGGCAGAUGAUUCUAUAUGACUUGAUUAGGAAGGUAAGCUGUUGUUUUCUGUGUUUCAGGUGGUAUGGAGGUACACAGGAGUGGUGCCUAAAAACGCUCCAGCUAACGUCAGAUUGAUGAAGUGGCUUCCUCAGAAUGAGCUGCUGGGUUGGUUUAGUCUCUCAUAAUCAGAGAUAAUGUUACAAUGAUAUAGAUAUCAUGAAAACCACCUGGGUUACAGAAGUUAGAGGGGUACUCUUCGCAGUAAACACAACAUGCUACUUUGUUGCCAUUGUGCAAGAGAAGCAAUACUACUACUUCUUCUUCGUGGUUUCAUGUCCUAUGUUAUAGUUGAAGUAUAGUUGAACACUAAGGUUGGAGUCAUUAAAACUCGUUUUUCAACGACUCCACAAAUGUCUUGUUAAACUAUAGUUUUGGCAAGUCGGUUAGGACAUCUACUUUGUGCAUGACACAAGUAAUUUUUCCAACUAUUGUUUACAGACAGAUUAUUUCACUUAUAAUUCACUGUAUCACAAUUCCAGUGGGUAAGAAGUUUACAUACACUAAAUUGACUGUGCCUUUUAACAGCUUGGAAAAUACCAGAAAAUGAUGUUAUGGCUUUAGAAGCUUCUGAUAGGCUAAUUGACAUCAUUUGAGUCAAUUGGAGGUGUACCUGUGGAUGUAUUUCAAGGCCUACCUUCAAACUCAGUGCCCCUUUGCUUGACAUCAUAGGAAAAUCAAAAGAAAUCAGCCAAGACCUCAGAAAAAAAAUUAUAGACCUCCACAAGUCUGGUUCAUCCUUGGGAGCAAUUUCCAAAUGCCUGAAGGUACCACGUUCAUCUGUACAAACAAUAGUAUGCAAGUAUAAACACCAUGGGACCAUGCAGCCAUCAUACCGCUCAGGAAGGAGACGCGUUGUCUCCUAGAGAUUAACGUACUUUGGUGCGAAAAGUGCAAAUAAAUCCCAGAACAACAGCAAAGGACCUUGUGAAGAUGCUGGAGGAAACAGGUACAAAAGUAUCUAUAUCCACAGUAAAACGAGUCCUAUAUCGACAUAACCUGAAAGGCCGCUCAGCAAGGAAGAAGCCACUGCUCCAAAACCGCCAUAAAAAAGCCAGACUACGGUUUGCAACUGCACAUGGGGACAAAUAUCUUACUUUUUGGAGAAAUGUCCUCUGGUCUGAUGAAACAAAAAUAGAACUGUUUGGCCAUAAUGACCAUCGUUAUGUUUGGAGGAAAAAGGGGGCAGCUUGCAAGCCGAAGAACACCAUCCCAACCGUGAAGCACGGGGGUGGCAGCAUCAUGCUGUGGGGUGCUUUGCUGCAGGAGGGACUUGUGCACUUCACAAAAUAGAUGGCAUCAUGAGGAAGGAAAAUUAUGUGGAUAUAUUGAAGCAACAUCAAGACAUCAGUCAGGAAGUUAAAGCUUGGUUGCAAAUGGGUCUUCCAAAUGGACAAUGAAAUAAAUCAUUCUCUCUACUAUUAUUCUGACAUUUCACAUUCUUAAAAUAAAGUGGUGAUCCUAACUGACCUAAAACAGGGAAUUUUGUACUUGGAUUAAAUGUCAGGAAUUGUGAAAAACUGAGUUUAAAUGUAUUUGGCUAAGGUGUAUGUAAACUUCUGACUUCAACUGUAUAUGUUCUAGGCCACCCCAAGGUCAAGGCCUUCAUCACCCACGGAGGAACCCACGGUACCUACGAGGGGAUCUGUAAUGGCGUUCCCAUGGUGAUGCUGCCGUUGUUCGCUGAACAGGGUGACAACGUACACCGCAUGGCAGUGAGGGGUGUCGGGGAGGUGCUCAACUUGUUUGAUAUCACCUCAGACAAACUAGUGGAGGCCCUCAACAAGGUCAUCAACGACAAGAGGUCAGACAUGUUAACGUAAUACUAGGAAGUAAUAAUGUUACAAGGACAUCAUGUUAUAUAGGGCGGCGCACAAUUGGCCCAGCGUCGUCCAGGUUUGGCCAGGGUAGGCCGCCAUUGUAAAUAAGAAUUUGUUCUUAACUUACUUGCCUAGUUAAAAAUGAAAUAAAAUAUAUAAUACUAGGAGAUACUAUGAACUCAAGUAGCAGUGCAAACAGUACAGAGACAAAAUCCUAACUUGAGAUCUACACGCACAUAUUGAGUUUCAGUGCAAAUGUCAUAUUGUCAGCCAUGCAUGAUUUACAUUAAAGUCUGAGUUCCUCAUUAUAAUUCAGUCCCAGGUGAAUAUUGCACUGUGCAGUGUGACACAGUGGUUCCUUCACUUAUACUGUAUUAGCAGUCAUGAGUUGUCUAUGAGGAGAUUAUAAACCCUGUUGCAUGUCCUUCCUCCUCAGUUACAAGGAGAAGAUGGUGAAGCUGUCAGCGGUGCAUAAGGACCGUCCCAUCGAGCCCCUGGACCUGGCCGUGUUCUGGUCGGAGUUUGUGAUGCGUCACGGCGGAGCGGAACACCUGAGACCUGCCGCUCACGACCUCAACUGGAUCCAGUACCACAGUCUGGACGUGUUCACUCUGCUACUCACUAUAGUUCUCAUUGUUGUCAUCGUCACCGUUAAAUGCUGCAAAGUCUGCUUCCACAAGUGCUGUGGAACAAAGAGGACUAUAAAGAAGAAGAGUGCAUAG